AUGGUUCGCAGGCAGAUUCCGCGAAGCGGGAACGACCAGGGUAGUGAUGAUGGCCUGCGACCCGCGGGUGACACUAUCGGGGGUGAGGAGAGGCGGCAGCAUGGCCAGCGUAGUCAUGUGCUGAGGCCUGCAGGUGACACAAACGAGGGCGCGCGAGACACUGACGGGGGUGAGGAGAGGCGGCAGAUACCGCGAAGUGGGAUCGGCCAGGGUAGUGAUGAUGACGGCGUGCGACCCGCGGGACGAGAAGAUACUUGUGAGGUGGCGAGACGAGAUGCAGAGAGGAGGAGUGCAGAGGAGGCCCUCAGACGGGACCCAUCGGACCCCAGACGACAUGCAGAGAGGAGGACUGCUGACUCCAGAGACGAAGACGAGGGCGAGGACUUCAGAGAAGGCCUUUCUAAGGGAGAGUCUAUUUCUGAGGCGCCUCAUCCACCACCUCAGCCACCACUGCAAGGCCCGGAGGGUCAAUCUAAAGCCAGGAGCUGUGUCUAUCUGGACCAUGCAGCAGCAGCGGUGUACACUCGCUCGCAGGUCGCAGCAGCAACGAGAGCCCUCACUCGCUCCCUCUUCUCCAACCCUCGUGAGCCCUCUGCUCCAGCACUCUCCUCCCAUAAUCAUCCUCCUCCCUCUCUGCCUUCACCCACUUCCUUUCUCCAACCUGUUUAUUUCCACGCUAUUCCCUCCGUUCCUUUCAUCCUCGUUACAGACAGCGCCAGUAGCAGCAGUGCGGCCACGUCAGACGCGAUUGAAUCACUCCGCAUGCAGGUCCUUGCCAUGUGCAAAGCACCUCCCUCCCAAUACGCCUGCAUCUUCACCAGUGGCGCCACGUCAGCGCUCAAAACAGUCGGAGAGGCGUUCAGAUGGGCGGCAGAGAGCGAGCUGGCGAUGACGCUGGACAACCACAACUCGGUUUUAGGGAUCAGAGAGUAUGCGCUUAGAGCUGGUGCUACAGUAUCCGUGGUUGAUAUCCGUUAUGAGGAUGACUAUAUGGGGAAUGACGAGGAGGAAGAGGAGGGAGAAGAAGGGGGUGAUGGGGAUGAGAAGGAGGAGGAAGAGGAGGAAGAGGAGGAAGAGGAGGAGGAAGAGGAGGAAGAGGAGGAAGAGGAGGAAGAGGAGGAAGAGGAGGAGGAGGAGGAGGAGGAGGAGGAGGAGGAGGAGGAGGAGGAGGAGGAGGAGGAGGAGGAGGUGGAGGAAGAGGAGGUGGAGGAAGAGGAGGAGGAGGAAGCGGAGGAGGAAGAGGAGGAGGAAGAAGAAGAGGAGGAGGAAGAUUCAGAAUCAGAAGAUGAAGAGGAGGGGAAGCUAGGGGUGAGGGUAGGUGGAAGGAAGAAGGUGCGAGUGGUUCUACCUGGGAACAGCAGGAGUAAGCGCAAGGGAGCAACAGAGGAGGAGGAGGAAGAGGAGGAGGAAGAAGAGGAAGAAGAGGAAGAAGAAGAGGAGGAAGAGGAAGAGGGAGAGGAAGAAGAGGAUGAAGGAGAGGAGGAAAGGAUCGGCGUGAGGGUAGGUGGCAAGAAGAAGGUUCGGGUGGCCUUUCCUGGGAACAGCAGGAGUAAGGGCAAGGGAGCAGCAGGGGAGGAAGAAGAAGAGGAAGAAGAGGAGGAGGAAGAGGAAGAAGAGGAGGAGGAAGAGGAGGGAACGGUGGGAGUGCUGGUGAGAAGGAGGAAGGUUCGAUUGGUGUUAGCUGGCAGCAGCAGGAGCAAGCGCACUGAUGUGGGGCAGAAAGAAGCUCAAGCAGUCACUGUUGAUGAUGCUACGGGUAAUGUGCGGCAGAAAGAAGCGGGAGCAGCCGUUGCCAAUCAUGGUAAUGGUGUGGGGCAAAACGAAGCCCAAGCAGCAGUCACUGCCGGUAUUGUGGGGCAAGCUUUAAGUGCUGCAGAUGUCAAUUUGAAUGCAGGGACUGGUGAAGCAGUGGGAGCAGCAGCAGCGAUUGUGAGAGUGAGGGAAGGUGAACUUGUAGGGGCAGCAGCGAGUGUGAGUGUGAGGACAGGUGAACCUGUGGGGGCAGCAUCACUUGCUGAAACCAACCUUUCUGAUUCCACUGUUCUUGCCGAACCAGUGCUGACCAAACCACAGCAUGGCAGGGCUUAUUCCGAGCCUGGACAGGAGGUUUGGGCUGGUGUGGCUGAGGAUGGUGGCGCCGGAGCUAGUGGGAGUGGGGCGGGUGAGGCUGGGGCAGGUGGGGCUGGGGCAGGAGGAAGAAUUGAGGAGAAGGGCUGUGAGGGAAAAGAGGGUGGAGUGGGAGGCUCAGGGUCAAGGGAUGUGAGAACAGGGGACGAGGAACCUUCUGAGUCGUCUCAAACAUCAAGGGAUAAAAGGGAAAGGGCCAUGAGAAAGCAACGAGCGGCGUAUGGGAAGGGUAGUAGGGUAGAUGGAAAAGUGGAUGGAAGGGUGGAUAGAAGGGUGGGUGAUUGUUCGAAGGGCACGGUCAUUCAAGGGGUGGUGGAGGGGGUAUCUCUUCGCCUGCUGAACCGAUUUUCACGGGCGCCAAGAGAAGGGAAGGCACCAACAGCAGCAUCUAGCGCAAGCAGGAAAGAGGCUGUUUCUGAGCCGCCUCAAAAGUUGGUUUCAGAGGUGCAGCAGGAGUUGCCGUUUAUCCCUUGCCUGUUUGCGAUGCCUUCAGAAAGCAAUUUCAGCGGGGAGAAGCUCGAUUUGAGGGUGGUGAAGGCUGUGAAGGAGGAGAGGUGUUUGGAUGGGUGGGAGGGGUGGACGAGGGAAGACAGAGGAGUGGAGAGCGGUGAUGGUAGGAGAAAGGGCAGGGGGAGAGGGAAAAAGAGAAGUCAGAAAGAAAUCGAAGACGAAGGAGACGAAGGAAGAGAGAAGGGAGGGGAUGGCACAACAACCACUGGUGCCUCUCAAGCUCAACAGCAGCAGCAGCAGUUGCGUGCAGACAAGGGAGCAUGGGGCGGCCUCUGGGGUUGGCUGGGAGGAAGUCAUGGGACGUCCAGUGCAGAAGUGUAUCAAGGGCAGGCCGAUAGCAGUGGCGCGGCGACUGGUGGUGCUGACAGGGGUGGUGCUGGUGGGGAGGCCCGGGGUACAGAUGCUGUAGGCACGGAGAGCAGUGGCAGGUUGACAAGUGGCCAUGAAGCUGAUAGGGAGGGUGGUGGUGGGGAUGGGAGUGGUAGGAGUCGUACUGGUCGUGGUGGUGAUGGUGGAUGCAGUGGUGAAAGUGAUUCUUCUUCCCCGCUUCCCCGGCGCUGGUUCGUGCUUCUUGAUGCUGCCAAAGCUGCUGCCUCGGACCCUCCGGACCUCUCGCUCUGCCCUGCUGACUUCGUUGCUCUUUCCUUCUACAAAAUCUUUGGAUUUCCUACAGGACUUGGAGCCCUGAUCAUCCGGCGAGAUGCUGCCUUCAUCCUCAGCAAGCCCUACUUCAGUGGAGGCACCGUGGCAGCAGUGUUUGCAGACUCUGGCUUUGUCUCUCUGCGCUCAUCGCUCGAAGCACAGUGGGAGGACGGCACGCUCCCCUUCCUCCAGCUCGCAGCAGAGCUCCCUCCAGGGCUCGCCCUGGUCUCGCGCCUCCCCUUCCCUGCCAUUCAACGCCACGUCUCCUCUCUCGCCCUCUUCACCGCCUCUCGCCUCCUCUCCCUCCGCCACUGCAACAGUCAGCGCGUCUGCACCGUGUAUGGAAGGCACAUGGCCUUGCUGCUGCACGCGAGAAGUGGAGAGCACGAACAAGAGGCAGCGUUGAAGCAGCAGGGGGGAGUGGUGGCGUUUAAAACCGGGGUGCACAUUCAGCUGAAUGUGCAUCAAAGCCGAACCGCGUUGAAUGUGCACCCUGGUUUUAACUUGAAGCGCAGCGAUGGAUCGUGGGUGGGGCACAAGGAGGUUGAAAAGCUGGCGGCUAUUCACAGCAUUCAUCUCAGGACUGGUUGUUUCUGCAACCCUGGUGCCUGUGCCAAGCACCUCCGUUUGUCUCAUUCCCAUUUACUUCAAAACUACGAGGCGGGGCACGUGUGUUGGGACGACAACGACGUGAUUGCGGGGCGGCCGACUGGUGCCGUUCGGAUCUCCUUUGGACACCUGUCAACCAUUGAUGACGUGGAGGCCUUCCUCUCCUUCAUCCAAACAUGCUUCGUGGAGCUGCCACGUCAGCACACUCCACCUCAGCAAAGCCCACGUCCGCACGGUCCACCUCAGCACACCACCUCUGCUACCUCUGCUGCUGCUGCCACUACUGCUACUCCUGCCGCCACCUCUGCCGCUGCUGCUGCUUCCGCUUCUGCCUCUUCUGCUACAGCCGCUACAGCCGUCGUUGCUGCUGCUGCUGCUGACGUUGAGAAGCUGGAUAAAGGGCGUUUCACUUUUGAGUCGACUCAAAAGUCUGCUGUUGCUGAUGAUGAUGAGGAGAAGCUGGAUAAAGGGCGUUUCACUGAUGGAAUAGCAGGCCAUUCUGAGCAACGGAAGGAGCUUGUACAAGCAGAUGUGACUAAGGAGAAUGUUUUGCAAGCACGUGUGCCUGCGCAGAGCGUGACUGUAGAGGGGCUGUUUGUGUAUCCGAUCAAGUCGUGUGCUCCCAUGCGAGUGGAAGCAUGGCCACUGGGACCCACUGGUCUCCUGCAUGAUCGGGAAUGGCUUAUCGUCAAUCCCAUGGGGACACCAUUGAGAUCCAACAGGGUCCCCUCCCUCUACCGCCUCCGCCCAUCCAUCGACCUCGCUUCACGCCUCCUCUCCAUCCACCUUACUCCCCAAGGCUCUCCGUCCCGGCCUCCCCUUCAAUUGCCCAUUGACACGUGGCCUGAUGCCAGGCUGGAUGGCGUGCGAGUGUGCGGUGACAGCGUCCACGUGGCAGUGUACCCUGGUGACGUGGCAGCCUGGCUCUCCACUGCCCUCGGCACGCCUUGUCAGCUCGUGAGGCUCCUACCGCACGCGCGCCAGCAGAAGAAGCUGCCAAGAAGCAUCCUCAACAGCUCGGGAAUGGAUCAAGCUUAUCCAGCAGCGACAGUACAAUCUGCCACGUCAGCAGGGUUCUCUCAGGCUGCUGACGUGGACAGAGAUGCGGAAGCAGAUGCCUCGUGGGCAUUGCGGUUUCGCCCCAACUUCGUGGUGGGCGGUGCUGACGUGGCGCCAUACGAUGAGGACAGGUGGAAGCAGCUGGUUGGUCAAGAUGUUUCCUUUGAGGUGAGCAGUGCUUAUCUUGAUGGGCCUAUCACUGACACGUUUGUGAACAGCCGUUACCACUUCGGCUUUGAGAGAAAAAAACUUUUCGAAGCCCCUCCUGUUCACACGUGCCAGUCAGACGCCAUGGCUCUCUCCCUGUGCGCGAAGUCGAGCCUUGUCUCGGCCGCUGGCCUGCAGCAGCGCAGCGCUGCCCAGGAGAGAAGGCAGACCGGCGCCUCGCUCUCAGCGUCGCUCGCCCACUCAGCCGCUGCACCGUCGUUCAAGGCGUUCGAUGGCAUGCGCGCUCACUCCGCCUCCUCCUCCGCCUCGUCCUUCCUGCCCGGCGCUAAGGUUGCUGCGCCUGUGGCCGCGGAGGCUCCGGCUGCUGACGCUGCUGAGAAUUGUUUCACCCUGACCAUUGUGGCUGGCAGGAACAGCAAGAAGAUUCAAGGAAGGAAGCUCCGCGUCGCCGUUAUCGGAGGCGGCCCGGCGGGCGGGUGCGCGGCGGAGACGCUGGCGGAGAACGGCAUCGAGACGUUCCUCAUUGAGCGCAAGCUCGACAACGCCAAGCCGUGCGGUGGCGCCAUCCCCCUCUGCAUGGUCGACGAAUUUCAGCUUCCCCAGGAGAUCAUCGACAGGCGCGUGACCAAGAUGAAGAUGAUCUCGCCCUCCAACGUCGAGGUUGACGUGGGUCGCACGCUCGGCAAGGAGGAGUACAUCGGCAUGGUGCGCCGCGAGGUGCUCGACGCCUUCCUUCGCAACCGCGCCCAGUCGUACGGCGCGACGGUGAUCAACGGGCUGUACCUGAGGAUGGACGUGCCCAAGGAUGACGACAGCCCCUACGUCAUCCACUACUCCGACUACGCCGGCGACUCCAAGGUCGGCGUGCCCAAGACUCUGGAGGUCGACGCCGUGAUCGGCGCUGAUGGCGCCAACAGCAGGGUGGCCAAGGACAUCGACGCGGGUGACUACGACUACGCCAUUGCGUUCCAGGAGCGCAUCCGCCUGCCGGAGGACAAGAUGGCAUACUACGAGGAUCUCGCGGAGAUGUACGUCGGCGAUGACGUGUCGCCCGACUUCUACGGCUGGGUGUUCCCUAAGUGCGACCACGUGGCGGUCGGCACUGGCACCGUUAUCAACAAGCCCGCCAUCAAGCAAUACCAGACCGCCACCAGGAACCGCGCCAAGGACAAAAUCGAGGGAGGCAAGAUCAUCCGCGUGGAGGCUCACCCCAUCCCGGAGCACCCCCGCCCCCGCCGGACAUCCAACCGCGUGGCUCUCGUUGGCGACGCUGCUGGCUACGUCACCAAGUGCUCAGGCGAGGGCAUCUACUUUGCGGCCAAGUCGGGGCGCAUGGCAGCAGAGGCGAUCGCUGAGGGGUCUGAGAAGGGCACGCGCAUGAUCGAUGAGUCUGACCUGCGUGUGUACCUGGACAAGUGGGACAAAAAGUACUGGGCCACCUACAAGGUGCUGGACAUUCUCCAGAAGGUGUUUUACCGCUCCAACCCUGCUCGCGAGGCGUUCGUUGAGAUGUGUGCAGACGACUACGUGCAGAAGAUGACGUUCGACAGUUACCUCUACAAGACGGUCGUGCCGGGCAACCCCCUCGAUGAUCUCAAGCUGGCCGUCAACACCAUCGGCAGCCUGAUUCGCGCGAAUGCUCUCCGCAAGGUUGCCCUCGAGAAGGCCUAG